AACCGAUGGUCAUCCCGCGCGUAGUGGGGGGAGGAACGAGCGUCAACUUCGCGCUCUACGUCCGCGGCGCCAAACUCGACUACGACAACUGGAGCGCCCUCGGCAACCCGGGCUGGGACCACGACUCGCUUCUGCCUUAUUUUAAAAAAUCCGAGGACUUCCUCGGGACAGUCACAGAGCAUUCCGAUGAAUACCACGGCAAGGGUGGACCUCUACCGGUCAUCUCCACCGAAGACGUCAAAAAGAUGGAAGAGUUCCUUCGUCCCGUCGCUGAGGAAUUGGGACUCGAAAUUAUAGACCCUAACGGUCCAAACAACAUUGGAAUCGCACCGGUUCAUAAUACCAUAAAGAAUGGAGUCAGGGUCUCUGCGCCUGAGGCUUUCCUAAGGCCGGUCAAGGAGAGAUCGAAUCUGCGCAUUCUACCCGGAGCAAGGGUUGACAAGAUACUCUUCAACCAAGAUAAGAGAGCGGUGGGAGUAGAAUACACGUUCAAGGGAAAGACCCACAGGGUGACAGCUCGAAAGGAGGUGAUUGUAAGCGCUGGCGCCAUUCUCACACCAAAGAUUCUCAUGCUAUCCGGCAUCGGACCAAAAAAACAACUGAAAAAGUUAGGCAUUCCUGUAGUAGCUGAUGUCCCAGGCGUGGGACAAAAUUUGGAUUCACAUUUGCAUUUCGCGCUGAAUUGGAAGAUCAAGCCGGGCUGGUCAGCCAUGACAGGGGAUUUCUUGAGUCCUCGCAACAUUGCCUCAUAUAUGAGGGAACAAACCGGUUUCUAUUCGAUGCCCCAAGGCCCGCUGUUCCACACCUACCUAUACCUCGGCGGUGAAAAUCCUCGUUGGCCUGAUGCCGACUUGUACAUGUCAGCUCUGAUCGGUUUUGAAAACCCAUUCAUCACUGAUGAGAUUAAUUCCCAAGUUAUUGGUCCGCUAUUCAACGAGCCUGUGAUGGCCAUGGGGGUAAUGCUCUGCCGCCCUAAGAGCAGAGGUCACGUUGCCCUUGCAUCUCUAGAUCCCGCCGAUCUUCCUGCAAUUCACCACAAUGUCUACGAUCAUCCAGACGACCUCAAACUGCACGUCAAAGCUGUAAGAGCAUUGCAGCGCAUCAUGGACUCAAAAGCCAUGAAAAGAAUACGAGCAGACCCACAGCCGGAUUUGACGAUGAAAGCGUGUGCGCAUUUAGGCAACAACACCGACACCUACUGGGAAUGUUACGUGCGCCACAUCGCGCUGCCUAGCGAGCAUUUCUGCUGCACCGCGAAAAUGGCCCCGAAGACCGACUCUAUGGGUGUUGUGUCUCCAAGUCUCAGUGUCCGCGGAGUGUCAGGCCUGCGAGUGGUGGACGCGUCGGUGAUGCCCCGCGUGGUCUCCACCAACCCCAUGGCCAGCGUUUACGUCAUUGCUGAGAAAGCCUCCGACCUCAUCAAGCAGGACUGGGGAUAUUUGAGCCAAACCCCAGCUGAAAAAUCUAGCAAUACAGAAAAAUAAUGAAUAUUGCAUUAUUAACGAAGACAAAGCUAAAUAUUACUCCAUUGAGUGUUGAGUUUCAGUUUAAAGUACGAAUUUAGAAAUUUAGAUUAAAUAAACAUUAGUAAAUAACAAAGCUAAGACAAAGGCUCGGCAGCGAGUUUGAGAGACUAGAUGCCGUAGAAGACACCGUUAGUGGACACGCUGAUGCACCGGAUCAGGUGCAUCAGCACCUGAUCACCGGAUCAUCAGCACCGCAACACCGGAUCAGGUACGAAUUGGUUAGUCUGGAAGUGAAAAUUCAACUCCGAGCACGAUUUGAUAUUUGGUUUUACUAGUACAUAACAGUCUUACUUGAGGGAAGAUAAUGUGCAAGAAAGGGUGCCGCAAAGAAUCAAGAGAAUUGAAAAUUAUUCUACUGUGAAGAGUGGGCAAAGAGGACCUUGCAUGAGGCUCAAUAUAUAACGCAUGCUGGUUAAACUCAGACAAGUCAGCGUCACGAUACCACUUUCGUUUCAGCGAGCGUGCAUUUAAUGCAUCACCAGCCAUCGCAAUAUAUAGUAUAGUUUAGAAUAAAAAUUACCGUUCUCUCAUCUAGUAUUGACGGCCUCGGAGGCUCUGACUAUGCGGAUUUGACAGUAGCGCUUCUGAAGUGACUGGCACGACAAUAUGUAGAACCCUAGUAAGUAUCAUGAGUGAAGUGUCUUUAUCUUGGAGGAAUUGAACUGUCCAAGUUUUUUUCCGAAAUUGCUCAGGUUUAUGUGUACACUUGUUUCAUUAGUAUAUUUUCAAAUAUGAAA